CCAGCUGUUUAUCUCAUCUGGCAUUGUAUACUUUUGUGGCUAAUAAGUAGUCACCGAACAAUGACGAAUAACCUAAAUUAAAUGAACAACAUGAGUGAGAUGGCAGCCGAAGUUACCAUGGAGAACCAUCCAAUACACGAAUCACUGCCCCAAAUCCCAGUGGUCACCUCGGUGGCCUGCUGUUUUGUACUGGCGGUCCUCUACGUGGGAAGCCUCUACGUUUGGAGCACAAAACACAACCGGGAUCAUCCGACGACGAUCAAGAGAAGAUUCGCCAGUGUAUCCAUAGUUAUGGUGAUGGCCCCCUUUUUUGUUUACUUCUUCUCAUCGCCGGAACUCCUCAGCCGUGAGCCAUUUCCUAAGUUGCUGGGAUUCCGCAUGGAAGGAUUAUGGCAGGCGGUGGUGAUUCCCUACGGUCUAACGGUACUACUCUUCCUGGGACCCAUAUUUGUCAACAUGCAGAACGAGUCCAUACGCUCCUACUUUGAUCUUGACUACUGGCGAGGAUCCUUUAACAGUAUCAUCUGGGUGCGUAACCAUGUAAUGGCUCCGCUGAGCGAAGAGUUUGUGUUCCGAGCCUGCAUGAUGCCCUUGAUCCUGCAGAGUUUUUCACCCUUGGUCGCCGUUUUUAUAACGCCACUUUUCUUUGGAGUGGCCCAUUUGCAUCACAUAGCCGAGCGAUUGAGUUUGGGAGUGGAGCUAAGCACUGCCUUAUUGAUAGGAUUGUUCCAGUUCAUCUACACCACAUUGUUUGGAUUUUAUUCCGCUUUUCUAUUUGCUCGGACGGGUCAUGUCGUGGCUCCGAUUCUGGUGCACGCAUUUUGCAAUCAUAUGGGUCUCCCAGAUUUGCAGGAUCUGUGGCAGCAGGAUCUUUGGCGACGAGUGGUGGCCAUUGUCCUCUAUAUAUCUGGAUUUGCUGGAUGGAUUUUCCUGCUUCCGUUGGCUACUGUUCCUUCGAUAUAUCAAAACACUCUCUACUGGAAUGUAUAAUACAUAUAUAGGAUAGGAUAGUUUCUUUAUUUUAUGUUUAUUUACCGCUGCCAUAUGAGAAGCUAAAGCUGUAUGUAUAUAAAUAUUUUGGUAUGUUUCAUGUUAAGCUAUAAACUGCAUAUCAAUCUGAAUACAUAACUAUGUAUUUGCUUACGAAAAAUGUCUUCCGUUUAGAAUCAAAUAUAAAAUUAGGAAACUCGUAUAUACAAAUUUGAAAUGCA